AGCUGGUCGAGCUGGUUGAACUAGUAGAGCUGGUAGAGCUGGUAGAGCUGGUAGAGCUGGUCGAGGUGGGCUCUUCAGUCGAUGUGCUCGACGCGCUCGACGUACUAGAAGUUGAGCUGGUCGAGCUAGUAGAGCUGGUCGAGCUGGUCGAGCUACUAGAGCUCGGCUCUUCAGUCGAUGUGCUCGACGUACUUGACGUACUAGAAGUUGAGCUGGUCGAGCUCGUCGAGCUCGUCGAGCUAGUAGAGCUGGUAGAGCUGGUAGAGCUGGUAGAGCUGGUAGAGCUGGUCGAGCUGGUCGAGCUGGUCGAGCUGGUCGAGCUGGUAGAGCUAGUCGAGGUGGGCUCUUCAGUUGAUGUGCUCGACGUACUAAAGGUUGAGCUGGUCGAGCUGGUCGAGCUAGUAGAACUGGUAGAGCUGGUCGAGCUGGGCUCUUCAGUCGAUGUGCUCGACGUGCUUGACGUACUAGAAGUUGAGCUGGUCGAGCUCGUCGAGCUGGUAGAGCUGGUCGAGAAGGUCGAGCUGGGCUCUUCAGUCGAUGUGCUCGACGUGCUUGACGUACUAGAAGUUGAGCUGGUCGAGCUCGUCGAGCUAGUAGAGCUGGUCGAGCUGGUAGAGCUGGUAGAACUGGUCGAGCUGGUAGAGCUGGUCGAGGUGGGCUCUUCAGUUGAUGUGCUUGACGUACUAGAGGUUGAGCUGGUCGAGCUCGUCGAGCUAGUAGAGCUGGUCGAGCUGGUAGAGGUGGGCUCUUCAGUUGAUGUGCUUGACGUACUAGAGGUUGAGCUGGUCGAGCUCGUCGAGCUAGUAGAGCUGGUCGAGCUGGUCGAGGUGGGCUCUUCAGUCGAUGUGCUCGACGUGCUUGACGUACUAGAAGUUGAGCUGGUCGAGCUAGUAGAGCUGGUCGAGCUGGUCGAGGUGGGCUCUUCAGUUGAUGUGCUUGACGUACUAGAAGUUGAGCUGGUCGAGCUAGUAGAGCUGGUCGAGCUGGUAGAGGUGGGCUCUUCAGUUGAUGUGCUUGACGUACUAGAGGUUGAGCUGGUCGAGCUCGUCGAGCUCGUCGAGCUAGUAGAGCUGGUCGAGCUGGUCGAGCUGGUCGAGCUGGUCGAGCUGGUAGAGCUGGUCGAGCUGGUAGAGGUGGUCUAUUCAGUUGAUGUGCUUGACGUACUAGAAGUUGAGCUGGUCGAGCUGGUCGAGCUCGUCGAGCUAGUAGAGCUGGUCGAGGUGGGCUCUUCAGUUGAUGUGCUUGACGUACUAGAGGUUGAGCUGGUCAAGCUCGUCGAGCUAGUAGAGCUGGUCGAGCUGGUCGAGGUGGGCUCUUCAGUCGAUGUGCUCGACGUGCUUGACGUACUAGAAGUUGAGCUGGUCGAGCUAGUAGAGCUGGUCGAGCUGGUCGAGCUGGGCUCUUCAGUUGAUGUGCUCGACGUGCUUGACGUACUAGAGGUUGAGCUGGUCGAGCUAGUAGAGCUGGUAGAGCUGGUAGAGCUGGUAGAGCUGGUAGAGCUGGUAGAGCUGGUAGAGCUGGUAGAGCUGGUAGAGCUGGCAGAGGUGGGCUCUUCAGUUGAUGUGCUUGACGUACUAGAGGUUGAGCUGGUCGAGCUAGUAGAGCUGGUAGAGCUAGUAGAGCUGGUCGUGCUGGUCGACCUGGUCGAGCUGGUAGAGCUAAUCGAGGUGGGCUCUUCAGUCGAUGUGCUCGACGUGCUUGACGUACUAGAAGUUGAGCUGGUCGAGCUAGUAGAGCUGGUCGAGCUGGUCGAGGUGGGCUCUUCAAUUGAUGUGCUCGACGUGCUUGACGUACUAGAAGUUGAGCUGGUCGAGCUAGUAGAGCUGGUAGAGCUGGUCGAGCUAGUAGAGCUGGUCGAGCUGGUCGAGGUGGGCUCUUCAGUUGAUGUGCUUGACGUACUAGAGGUUGAGCUGGUCGAGCUCGUCGAGCUAGUAGAGCUGGUCGAGCUGGUCGAGGUGGGCUCUUCAGUCGAUGUGCUCGACGUGCUUGACGUACUAGAAGUUGAGCUGGUCGAGCUAGUAGAGCUGGUCGAGCUGGUAGAGGUGGGCUCUUCAGUUGAUGUGCUUGACGUACUAGAGGUUGAGCUGGUCGAGCUCGUCGAGCUAGUAGAGCUGGUCGAGCUGGUCGAGCUGGUCGAGGUGGGCUCUUCAGUUGAUGUGCUUGACGUACUAGAGGUUGAGCUGGUCAAGCUCGUCGAGCUAGUAGAGCUGGUCGAGCUGGUCGAGGUGGGCUCUUCAGUCGAUGUGCUCGACGUGCUUGACGUACUAGAAGUUGAGCUGGUCGAGCUAGUAGAGCUGGUUGAGCUGGUCAAGCUCGUCGAGCUAGUAGAGCUGGUCGAGCUGGUCGAGGUGGGCUCUUCAGUCGAUGUGCUCGACGUGCUUGACGUACUAGAAGUUGAGCUGGUCGAGCUAGUAGAGCUGGUCGAGCUGGUAGAGGUGGGCUCUUCAGUUGAUGUGCUUGACGUACUAGAGGUUGAGCUGGUCGAGCUCGUCGAGCUAGUAGAGCUGGUCGAGCUGGUCGAGGUGGGCUCUUCAGUCGAUGUGCUCGACGUGCUUGACGUACUAGAAGUUGAGCUGGUCGAGCUAGUAGAGCUGGUCGAGCUGGUCGAGCUGGUAGAGGUGGGCUCUUCAGUUGAUGUGCUUGACGUACUAGAAGUUGAGCUGGUCGAGCUAGUAGAGCUGGUCGAGCUGGUAGAGCUGGUCGAGGUGGGCUCUUCAGUUGAUGUGCUUGACGUACUAGAGGUUGAGCUGGUCGAGCUCGUCGAGCUAGUAGAGCUGGUCGAGCUGGUCGAGGUGGGCUCUUCAGUCGAUGUGCUCGACGUGCUUGACGUACUAGAAGUUGAGCUGGUAGAGCUGGUCGAGCUGGUAGAGGUUGAGCUGGUCGACGUCGUGCUCGAGGUCGAGCUCGUGGAGCUGGUCGACGUCGUGCUAGACGUGCUCGAUGUGCUUGACGUACUGGACGUACUGGACGUGCUCGAGCUGGAUGACAUGCUCGACGUCGAGCUGGUCGAGGUCGUGCUAGACGUACUGGAUGUGCUAGACGUGCUCGAGGUCGAGCUCGUGGAGCUGGUCGACGUCGUGCUCGAGGUCGAGCUCGUAGAGCUGGUCGAGGUCGUGCUAGACGUGCUCGAUGUGCUUGACGUACUGGACGUACUGGACGUGCUCGAGCUGGACGACGUCGUGCUCGAGGUCGAGCUCGUGGAGCUGGUCGACGUCGUGCUAGACGUGCUCGAUGUGCUUGACGUACUGGACGUACUGGACGUGCUCGAGCUGGACGACGUGCUCGACGUCGAGCUGGUCGAGGUCGUGCUAGACGUACUGGACGUGCUAGACGUGCUCGAGGUCGAGCUCGUGGAGCUGGUCGACGUCGUGCUAGACAUGCUCGAUGUGCUUGACGUACUGGACGUACUGGACGUGCUCGAGCUGGACGACGUGCUCGACGUCGAGCUGGUCGAGGUCGUGCUAGACGUACUGGACGUGCUAGACGUGCUCGACGUCGAGCUCGUGGAGCUGGUCGACGUCGUGCUCGAGGUCGAGCUCGUGGAGCUGGUCGACGUCGUGCUAGACGUGCUCGAUGUGCUUGACGUACUGGACGUCGAGCUCGUGGAGCUGGUUGACGUCGUGCUAGACGUGCUCGAUGUGCUUGACGUACUGGACGUACUGGACGUGCUCGAGCUGGACGACGUGCUCGACGUCGAGCUGGUCGAGGUCGUGCUAGACGUACUGGACGUGCUAGACGUGCUCGAGGUCGAGCUCGUGGAGCUGGUCGACGUCGUGCUAGACGUGCUCGAUGUGCUUGACGUACUGGACGUACUGGACGUGCUCGAGCUGGACGACGUGCUCGACGUCGAGCUGGUCGAGGUCGUGCUAGACGUACUGGACGUGCUAGACGUGCUCGAGGUCGAGCUCGUGGAGCUGGUCGACGUCGUGCUCGAGGUCGAGCUCGUGGAGCUGGUCGACGUCGUGCUAGACGUGCUCGAUGUGCUUGACGUACUGGACGUACUGGACGUGCUCGAGCUGGACGACGUGCUCGACGUCGAGCUGGUCGAGGUCGUGCUAGACGUACUGGACGUGCUAGACGUGCUCGAGGUCGAGCUCGUGGAGCUGGUCGACGUCGUGCUCGAGGUCGAGCUCGUGGAGCUGGUCGACGUCGUGCUAGACGUGCUCGAUGUGCUUGACGUACUGGACGUACUGGACGUGCUCGAGCUAGACGACGUGCUCGACGUCGAGCUGGUCGAGGUCGUGCUCGACGUACUGGACGUGCUAGACGUGCUCGAGGUCGAGCUCGUGGAGCUGGUCGACGUCGUGCUCGAGGUCGAGCUCGUGGAGCUGGUCGACGUCGUGCUCGAGGUCGAGCUCGUGGAGCUGGUUGACGUCGUGCUAGACGUGCUCGAUGUGCUUGACGUACUGGACGUACUGGACGUGCUCGAGCUGGACGACGUGCUCGACGUCGAGCUGGUCGAGGUCGUGCUAGACGUACUGGACGUGCUAGACGUGCUCGAGGUCGAGCUCGUGGAGCUGGUCGACGUCGUGCUAGACGUGCUCGAUGUGCUUGACGUACUGGACGUACUGGACGUGCUCGAGCUGGACGACGUGCUCGACGUCGAGCUGGUCGAGGGUGUUGUCGUGGUCGUCGUGGUCGUCGUGGUCGUCGUGGUCGUCGUGGUCGUCGUGGUCGUCGUGGUCGUCGUGGUCGUCGUUGAAGCACACGUUUGA